GUCAAAUGUGAUCGUCGGGACCCUUGCAUGAACUGUGUAGAUGCACGGGUCGAAUGCCAUCGUACUCGACAAUCUCGACUUCAUCGACCUCGAGUGUCACGCCUCGAUGCGUUAGCGGAAAGACUGGCCAGACUGGAGGAAUCAACUAGCGGAGAGAAUCCAAUCACAAGUCAUCAUCUCGCUAGUCCUGUAUCUGUCUCACCACAUGCAAGGCCCCAGGGUGCGGUAGGGAACUCUGCAAAUGCAUAUCCCGAUCCCACAUGUCAGAAGAAAAGAAAGAAGCAAUACGCAACACAUUUCUCUCGAGAGACAAGCCCUGGUGACCCUCCAGAAAGAAAGCAAAAAAGAUCGCAGGUCAUCGGCCACAGCCACGGCGAAGCCCAUUCUCCGGGCUCGACACGGCAUGCGAGCGAAGCCCGCGAGUACAUCGAGCACGAACUGCAAUGCAACCUGGCACUCUCGAAAGACAGACGUACUGCGCUGGAAUCAGCGCAGAAGUUUGUCAGUCAGCUGUCGAAUCCUAGUCUACACUGGGAGGAGACCGGCGUGGCGGGUGACUUGGAUGUGGAAGAGACAACGCCGCCUACUCUCACGCCGGAGUUGUUGUAUAUGAUGCUACCGGGACCCGAUAAGAAAACCAACUCUCAGGGAACCAUUUCUUGGCCCGACCACAUCUCUGACGCCCUUUUAGAGCGAAUGGGACUCGCUAUCAUCGAGGGCAGUGAAUGCGAGCAGGUGCUUCAGCACUAUCGGGUCAGCGUAUGGGUAAAGGCGAUAUCGUGCAUUUCCAAAGUGGCACCUUUAACCUCAAGCGAACGACUCAGGGACCAUUUCCGGACUCUGAAGAAACAAUACGAGGCGGCUGCCAUGGAAGAAUUGAACCAGCUUCCUUUGACAGCGGCCCCGAGUCUGUUACUGCUACAGUCCCUGUUAUCUGGAGUACGGCUGAUGCAGUAUUUGGGCAACAUGUCCCGCUGUUGGAUGUUCACGGCCCUCGCCUCGAGGAUCAUUGUAUCACUGAACUACCACAACAUCACCGACCCAACGCCACGAAACGAAGUCGAAGAAAACAUCCACGCCUGUGUCUACAAGUGCUACUACUUUGACAAAACCCUCAGCUUACUGCUGCUCCGGCCACCAUCUCUGCCCGAGCUCAAGGUCGAGGCAUCCCAGCUGAUCCACCUCGACCCGGAUCUCCCUACUGCGACCAUGAUCACCGGGGUCGUCGAGUUCUCCGAUCUGAAGAAUACACUGGUGAACAUCCUGCUUGACACCAAGGAAUUGGGAGACGUGGAGAAGGCCAAUAUCUUGUCUGAUCUUGUGGCGCGGGCGCACACGAUCCACUCAAACUUACAAAUGUUUCGGCGCCACCAGGAAAUGAAAUUCCCAAACUCGUGGGCAAUCCUCCGCCGCGAGUGGCUUUCAAUGGACUUCAACUACUACUCCGUCCUCACCACGAUAAUCCGCGCGCGCUCCUCGGUCCUGAAGUCCCGUCUAGUGUGCGAAAACUGUCUUUAUGCGGCUCGCGAAGCGCUCAAUACUUUGCGGGCGUUGCAAGAAGCAUUUUCAAGCCCGGCCAAUUCAGUCGACUCCUACCCGUAUUUCCUCACCUGGACAAUGCUCCUCUUCCCAUUAUCCCCCUUCUUCGUCCUCUUCUGCAACGUCAUCGCAACCUCCAACGAGCGAGACUUUACCAUGAUCAAAAACAUCACCGACGACCUGCACCAAUUCGCCCAAGCAAACGCUUCCAUCGGCAAGCUCUACCGGCUGUUCUCCAAGUUCCUGGAUCUAUGUGCGCCGUUGAUUAAAAGUAACCAGGAACACGCUCAUUCUGACCAGCCCUUAUACCCAUUUACUCAUCAUCAACCUCCAGCCGCCGUGGAAGGACGGACCGAAGCCCAGGCGGGUUUGUAUACGAACAUGUUUGGCCGCGGUGUGGACGAACCUGUGCCCACGCCGUCGAGCCAAAUCACUCACAAGAUCAACACGGGUGCUCCACAGCCCGUAGAAGGGUGGAACGAUAAUCUGGUUUGGGAGUUAUUCGAUAACCAGCCCUCGUUAGGAUGGGCAGAGUCGGAGCUGUGGGAUGUGAUGACGCGGUUGGAUAGUGCAUGA